UGCCAAAUAUUGACUUGUCGUGGAAUGAGAUUGGAAGAGUAUUGAAGGCAGGCAAAGAGAGUCUGAUAGCUCAGACUGAAAAGGACAUGUUCAAGGCCUUGAAGGAGAUGAAGUCAACAUUAAUCCAUCAAGUUUUUAUGGAUUUUGAUAUACAUGAUGUCAUAAAAACCGUCGCUGAAGGUAUUGAAAAAAAUAAAAUUCCUCAUACUGAAGUAGUGCCCAUCCUAUGGGAUGCACUAAUGGAUACAAUUGUCUAUAGAGACGUCAGAGUGCGUCCGGAAUUACUUGAGUGUUAUGUAUCUACCAAGGUGUUUUUGUGGUCCGAACUUUUACGUGCAUUUUGCUUAACUGAAGAGUGUGAACUUGAGCUGCUUAAGCAAGUCCAUAGACGAUCCAUCAAGGAGUAAUGACUGCAAGGGUUGUUCGAGGAAGUUGUU